CGGAUGUGUGUGCCAAUGGGCAUAUUAUCUUAUGUGAUAUCUUUUCUUUCUCAGUGUGUUCUUAUACAAUCAAUGAUACGUAGUGUUCAUACUCGCGUUACUUUUAUGUUCAUCUAUGCAUGAUUGAGCCUUAUUCUCUUACUGUUGUAAUGUGCUUCUCAUUCUAUCUCAUCAUUCACUCGUAUAUUAUAUGUAUUGUUCUCACCUAUCUAUUCUUACGCUAUGUUCUUCCUCUAUUGUUCUUCUAUAUGUGUUCUCUCCUUGGCCUCAUCACCUCUUGAUUCUUACAUUGUUCUCGUCUUGGCCUCAUCUUCUUUCUUUUCAUCCUUUCUUAUUCUACUUGUGUAUAUAAGCGUGUGCUUUAUAUGUAAACGGUACGAUUGUAUGAUAUGAGGGAAUAGAAUAAAGUGUAUCAUCAAUCACACUAACAUCCCUUGUAUCAUUGAUCGUCACAAGGCGAUUAUAUGAUAUGAAGGAAUAGAAUGAAGUGUAACUUCAUCGAUGCUAACAUCCUUUGUAUCAUUUUUCGUCACGAUGAAGUCUUCAUAAUAGAAAUUCGUAUAUUUGUCCUGCGUCUGUUUGAUCGACCAAGAUCUAGUAGAAAUCGAGUUUUUCGAAAAAUUGCUUCUCAUAUAGAACUGUUGAAAAGAAGAUUAGAGAUAUUGAACAUUAAACUUUACUUCUUAUGUGAUAAGAAAAUAAGUUCAAUCUUAUCAUCGAACUUUAAACCACAAUCAAAAUCAAUUGUUUACCAAAUAGAUUGUCAAUGUGGAGCAGUUUAUAAUGGUGAAAUCAGAGUCAGAUUGAUCAAUGGAAUGAAACAACAUGAUAAAGUAAUAUAAAAAGACAAAGAACAAAAUAACUCUGAAAUUGUACAACAUCAUCACAAAACAAAAUAACAAUGUAUGUUUGAUCCAAUGAAAGGCUAUCCAAUUGACAAUGAAAUUAAUUUCCAAAAAAGAAAAAUUAAAGAAUCAAUAGACUCCUUUAUUAAUUCAUCAAUCAAUCAAUCAAUCAACAGAUACGACGGAAUAGACAAUACUUAGAAUAGUAUAUUACUCAAACAACGUGAGAAGAUCAAAAAUAGAAUACACUUUAAGCAUAAUAAAUACGCUACAGCACAGACAAAAAACAACUUGAAAGAUUAAUAAACAACGAUGAGUAGGACAAGGCGGUAAAACUGAUAUGGAUAAAGAAAAGAAAAAGAAAAAGUACUCCAGUUUUUACUAUCUCGUCCGUACCAUUAUUAUAAUACAUAUAGAUAGAAGAAAAGUAAGAAUAAAAGAAUGGUAGAUUUGACAAUUGUAUUAAUCAUCCUUGUGCUUGUACAUUUUGUCAUAAGUAUACAUAUUUUCUGGAGAAGAUCAAUUUAAUUGAUCCCAACGUUAAAUAAUAAUAUUUCUAAAUCAAGAACAAAAUGAAGAGGGUCUUUUUACGCGAACGAUGUCUACAACGUUCCUUCAUCGUAAAGAAUAGGUCUCGCGAUUGAAGAAAAACGAAAAUAUUGUCAAUAUGAUGGUAGUACAAUGAUAUUGACUUCGAUAACACACAUGGAGAAAGAAAAUCGUUAACCAGUACCUCUGAAGCAGUUAUGCAUGAUUGCUCUAAAGAGAGGGAGAGAGCACACGUGCUGUUUGUUUAUGUAAUGUAAAAUUAACGUGUUCUCAUUUAGAAGAAAAAACAUGAGCAAACUAUCUUGAUUUCGAUGAAUUACCAGGCCUGGUACAUGAAAGAGAAAUUAUGUUGAUUAUGUUUCUGUUUACACGGUUCGAAAUGCGAAAAACCCGCGACUGACUGAUAAAAUAAUGAUUGUAGAAUGUUAGGUUGAUAAUUUUAAUGCAAAAGGAAUGGUUGUCUUCUGUUGUGAUGGUUUUCAAUGGUCAUUCCGCAGCAAAAUAUCAUCAAUAAACUGGUAGAAAGAAGGCAGAGCAUAGUUCGAGCAAUGGCAAGAAAACUUGCUCCACUCAUCAAACAAAACUACGAUUUCAAUCUAUUACGCAACGCUUUUGUAUAGUUUGUCUACUUCAAAAACUUAUUACAAGUAAAACAACCGCUUGAGAAACGAGUAAGUCCAUGUCUCAUCUCUAACACAUUCGAUUGAUUUAACAGAGAAGAAGAGCCUUCUCAAUAUAUAUCAAUCAUUUUUCCCACAAGAAUGUGUCUUCGAUGUCUGAAUUAAAAUAAGAGACCAUUCUAUUGAAUAUCAAUAUGUCGUAGGAUGGCUACUAUGUUUAGUGUAUCAUACAUCCAAUAUUUCCUAUUGCAUCCACUCGUAACUGGAUACAAAAUAAAGUGCGCCUCAUAGCUCGUUCUCUUUUUUGUUCCGAAUGAGAGACCAAAAAAAAUGUUUUUUUUUUCUUCUCUUAGGCUGCCGAAUCUUGUCGCUGCUUCACUACUAGAGUAAGAUAAGAACAGAGGUGAUGAUUUUUCUCUCUUGCAACUACGCUACUGUUUCGCUUGAAUUGACAUAGCCAUUUGUCGUAUAAAAGCGAACGUCUCUCGUACUGUAUUUUCACUUUCGAUUUCAUUUCGCAGUUCAAUCAUGUCGGGAACAAAAGACUGGCCAGACCUGGUAGGAAAAACAUUCGAAGAAGCGUCCGAAACUAUUCUAGCAUAUGAUAGUAAAUUACAUCCAUAUAAUGCAAGAAAUGGUGUGGAAAAUUAUAUGUUCGAUCCAGCACGUGUUUCGUGCGUUACGAAUAAUAAUAAUAUUUUAGGUUUAUGUUUACACUCAACUGUAUGUGAUUUUCUUGUAACAUCAUCAUUUGAUGAAAGUGUUAAAGUAUGGCAUAUUGAAAGUGAAAAUAUAACAUUUCUUACUGACCGACAAUUUCAAACAGACCGAACCAAUACAUGUCUUGCUAAUUUUGAUUUUCCAUUUCGAUUUGCUCUUGAUGGACAAUCGAAAGCAGUUCGUUCACGAUUUCAUUCUCGUGCAAAAUUCGAAAUGAUCGAAGUAGCUAAUAAAACAGCAUUAUCUACAGCAUCAGUUUCAUCUUUUCCAACAACAGCUCUGACUGUAACAUCAGCUAUAUUAAAAGCUCAACGAAACAAAUUAUUUAAAAAAAAGAAAUAA